GGAGGACCUGAAGGAACAGCAGCUGCCUCACACCUCCUCUGAGGCAAAGAACAUGCCAUCAGCCUCCGGGACUUGCUUUGUCUGUGGGAUGGGAUGGAAGAAACUGGCACCCCAGCCCCAGUCCUGAGGGAAUGUGCCUGCAAGGGGAGAGGCAGCAUCCCCCCCAGCUCCGCUACUGGCACCAACAUCCCACUUUCUAGGCCCAAAGAUCAUGAUGGGAGGCAACCUGACAUCCACCAAGCCCACUGGCUGCUUUGCAACCAUCCACCCCUCUCUCCUUCUCCCUCGCUUUCCUCACCAGCCCUAAUUAAACUGUCUGAAAGCCACCGCCUGGUUUUAAUUAGAGCAAAAUGCCAAAGAUUAGGCUGAAAUUUGCCGCCAGUUGUUUACACGACCAUCAGUUGUUGGAGGCAGUGACAGGCUGGUGCUGCUCCCUGGGGCCAGGCGAGGCCAGGGGGCCCAUUCACAGCCUCUGAGGCUACAACCCACUGCAUCCCAGCACCUCCAGCUUCCAACAAAACACUGCCUAUACUUAACACCACGAUACUCCCAGAUGUUGGAUUUUCACCUGGAUCUGUAGGCGUGGGGCUGGAGGAUGGAUGAGACCCAUCUGGCCCAGCCCUGCCCUGGGCUGUGAUGAAUGCCUGCCGGAGGUGCUGGAUUAAUCAAUAUCAGGCAUCUCCGCUGCUUGUAGCUCGUUAUCAGCAUCAAUGGCUUAGGGAGGGACAGCACUUCUGUCCUGGCUGGAUCCAUACCUGGCGAGCACGCAGCAGAUCCUUCCCCUCCGAUGGGGAGGUCGGAAUGAUCCUGAGAGGAGUUUUCCAGCUACUCACCACCCGUCCUGAGGUGGAAACUGGGGACAGAAGAAGGGAGAGCAUGCAUGUGGCAUGGCCAGACCUGCUUCAAACUGUCUCCCCACUGCUGCUCUCCUCCCGCAGAGAGUUUGCUCGUUGGAAGGUGAAUAAUUUGGCCUUGGAGAGGAAAGACUUCUUCAGCCUACCACUUCCCCUGGCCCCCGAAUUCAUCCGCAACAUCCGGCUGCUGGGACGCCGGCCCAGCCCCCAGCAGAUCACUGACAGCCUCAUCAAAAAGUAUGGGACCCACUUCCUGCUGGCUGCCACGCUGGGAGGAGAGGAGUCCCUGACCAUUUUUGUGGACAAGCGCAAGCUGAGCCGGAGGGCAGAGCCCGCUGUGGGGGCUGGGAACAGCUCGGGGGUCUCGCUGGAGACCCUGCACCAGCUGGCAGCCUCCUACUUCAUCGACAGGGAGAGCACACUCCGGCGGCUCCACCACAUCCAGAUUGCCACGGCUGCCAUCAAGGUGACCGAAACACGGACAGGGCCACUCGGCUGCAGCAACUACGACAACCUGGACUCGGUGAGCUCCGUCCUGGUGCAGAGCCCUGAGAACAAAGUGCAGCUCCAAGGGCUGCAGACGGUGCUCCCCUCCUACCUGCGGGAGAGGUUCGUGGCGGCCGCCCUCAGCUACAUCGCCUGCAGCUCGGCCGGGGAGCUGGUGUGCCGCCGGAGCGACUGCCGCUGCCAGUGCCAGCCCGCCUUCCCCCGCUGCAACUGCCCCGAGGCCGACAUCCAGGCGCUGGAGAGCAGCCUAGCCCAGCUCUGGAGAGCCUGGGAGAGCCACCACGGCCAGUUCGAGGAGUCAGAGGAGUUUCAGGCCUUGGUGAAGAGGCUCCCCAUGGACCGUUUCCUGAACAGGACGGCCAUCUCCCACUUCUGGGCCAUGGAUCUGGAUGUCCAGCAUCGCUACCAACAGCUGGGCACCAGCCUGAAGCUGCUCUCCAGGAAAACCUACCGACUCAUCCGGCGGCUCUUCAACCUCAGCAAGCGCUGCCACCGGCAGCCGCGCUUCAAGCUGCCGAAGGAGAGGUCCCUCCCUUACUGGUGGAGCCGUGCACAGUCGCUCCUGUACUGCAGCGAGACCACCGUGCCUGGGACCUUCCUGGAAGAAAGCCACAGCUGCACCUGUCCCUCGGACCAGCCCUCCUGCCAGGGCUCCAUUCCGUGUGCCUUGGGCGAGGGGCCAGCCUGUGCCAGCUGUGCCGAGGACAACAGCACCCGCUGCGGGACAUGCAACCACGGCUACGUGCUCACCCAGGGCUUCUGCCGCCCCGAGGUGGCCGACUCGCUGGAGCACUACCUGGGGCUGGAGACAGACCUGCAGGACUUGGAGCUCAAGUACCUCCUGCAGAAGCGGGACAGCCGCAUCGAGGUGCACUCCAUCUUCAUCAGCAACGACAUGCGCCUGGGCAGCUGGUUCGACCCCUCCUGGAGGAAGCGCAUGCUCCUGACCCUGAAGAGCAACAAGUACAAGCCCGGGCUGGUUCACGUCAUGUUGGCCCUCUCCCUGCAGAUCUGCCUCACCAAGAACAGCACGCUGGAGCCCGUCAUGGCCAUCUAUGUCAACCCCUUUGGGGGAAGCCACUCGGAGAGCUGGUUCAUGCCCGUCAAUGAGGGCAGCUUCCCAGACUGGGAAAGGACUAACGUAGAUGCCUCUGCCCAGUGCCAAAACUGGACGCUCACCUUGGGCAACAAGUGGAAGACCUUCUUUGAAACGGUCCACGUCUACUUGCGGAGCCGCAUCAAGUCCCUGGAUGACAGCUCCAAUGAGACAAUCUACUAUGAACCCCUGGAGAUGUCAGAUCCCUCCAAGAACCUGGGGUACAUGAAAAUCAACAGCUUGCAAGUCUUCGGCUACAGCCUGCCCUUUGAGCCGGAUGCUAUCCGUGACCUGAUCCUCCAGCUGGACUACCCCUACACCCAGGGCUCCCAGGACUCGGCCAUGCUCCAGCUGCUGGAGAUCAGGGACCGGGUGAACAGGUUGUCACCCCCUGGCAAAACCCGCCUCGACCUCUUCACAUGCUUGCUCCGCCACCGGCUCAAGUUGGCCAACAACGAGGUGGCGAGGAUCCAGUCCUCUCUGAGAGCCUUCAACGCCAGGCUGCCCAACGCCCUGGAGCAGGAGACAGGCAAGCUGUGCAGCUAACGGCCUCGGAGCCAGGGGGCUGGGAGAAAGGACUUCCUGGGGAAGGGGGGGGGAAACAACCACCCUAAAAAAAAAUUUAAAUCAAGGCCUUACCUUAGUGCCAACCGCGUGCUUCCAUGGUACACCCAGCGACUGGCCAAAGAGACACGGGGCUCGAGCGGAUGGAGGGUGCCAGGGGACUGUGGAGGAAGGAUGGCUCGUGCAGCACAGUCUGGCUCCAGGUGCAGGGAUGAUGCCAGCACAGCCGCCACAUCAGUGGCCGGGGAGAUGUGCCAAUGGCCCAGGGGGAUGUGGCCUGGCCAGAGGCAGCUGCUGGUCCUGCUGGAGCAGGCGCCCCACCCACCGUGAGGAUCCCCCGGCAGCGGCCUCCUCGUCAUCCCAACUUUUGUAGUCUUUUUAAGAGGUUUCUACAGGCGCCUUUGCACCCACAUCCCCCAUGAUCCAUCCUGCAGCCAGACCCUCGCACACAGUGCUGGUGGGGGUCCACAGCACAGCAGGGCCCUGAGAUCCAGCAGAUCUCCCCUGGGCCCUCUUCAGAAGCAUCUCACACCUGCUGGGGCACCAAGGCAUCAUCCCUGCCUUGUGUGGGAAGGACCUGGCACCUGCACCAUGGACGCUGCCAGCACAGACACCGGCGGAGACCUCUGGGCCACAAUUCCCUACAAAAAAAACAAAAAACCCUAAAGCAAAAGAAAGAAAAAAGGAAAAAAAAAGUUUUAUUUAUGUAUUUAUUUAUUUGGUUUGUUUGGGAGGGGUUUUUUUAAGCUUAUUUAUUUGGGGAGUGUCAUUUCUUGUCAGUGGCUCCAGCCAAGAGACAUCUUAGUAAAAUGUAUCUGUUUAAUAUA